AUUUUUUGUUCUUCAAAUAAUUUCUCAAAACUUUUUUACAUAUUUCAAAUUUUUACUUAUAAAUUUUAAUUUUCAGAUUUGUCUUUUAGUUUUUUUAAAAGCUAACAACAAACAACUUCAAAAUGGUUGCAAUCAAGAAACAAAAAAAGGCAUUAGAUUCCACCAACUCGCGUUUGGCGCUUGUUAUGAAAUCAGGCAAAUACUGCUUGGGUUACAAACAAACUUUGAAGACCCUUCGUCAAGGCAAAGCUAAAUUGGUCCUUAUUGCCAGCAACACUCCUGCUUUGAGGAAAUCUGAGAUUGAAUACUACGCUAUGUUGGCCAAGACUGAAGUCCAACAUUACAGCGGCACCAACAUUGAAUUGGGAACAGCCUGCGGUAAAUACUUCCGCGUCUGCACCCUGUCCAUCACAGAUCCAGGUGAUUCAGAUAUCAUUCGCUCAGACAACAACUAAAUGCAAAUUAGUUAGCGUUUCUGAUUAAUUUUAUAAAAAAUAAAUAAAAAA